GAGAAAAUAUUUUAAAUUAGUGUAAUAAAAUGUGUAAGUUGGUAAUGAGUAAUGAGUUAAGUUACUUGAUGCGUUGGCCCGAACAACCCGAAACCCGACCCGCCCGCAACCCGCCCGACCCAAAACCCGAUGAACCCGCAACCCGAUUUGCCCACAACCUGAUUGAACUCGAACUUGAUGAACCCACAACCCGACUAAUCCGCAACCCGUUUGAACCCGAACCCGACUAACCCGAACCCGAUGAACCCGCAACCCGACUAACCCGCAACCCGUUUGAACCCAAACUCGAUUGAACCCAGCCCGAACCCGCCCGAACCCGCCCGAUUGACACCUAUAGUGGGAAAAGUAAGGACUUCGGAAAUGGUCAGGUAAAUUAUGAGAUACAAGUGAUGGAGUUAAAAAUUGCACUUGAUUAAGUUUUUACUACAUAGUGUAAAUGCUAAUUAUUAAUCUGUUAUUUGAGAUUUAGAUAUGGCAUGUUGUGUAUGGAAAAAACAUACGUCACUGACCAGUAUAGGAAAUUGAGAGAGGAUUCGAAGGAAUCGUCAGAGAACAAUUAUAGAGCGUGAGGUAUGUCAUGUUUUAGUUAAGUUUUUUAAAUUCAUACAUGUUGUGUUUUUGUUUAUAUACAAUUUCUUUAAUGUUAAAGGGACACAAUGGGAAGGAAGGUGGUAAAGUUGAUGAACAUAUAUUUGAUGAUCGAGACCAACCAAUAAGUGAGAAGGAAGCUGUCAAAGUUGAUGAUCAAGAUAACCAAGCAAGUGAGAAGGAAGAUAUAGAGGUUGAGAAUAUAGUUGAUGAUCAAGAGCGGCAAGCAAGUGAUAUAGAGAAGAAUGACAUUAUCUCGAUAGUGGUGGUGGAUGUGGAACAAGUAUUCCAAGGGAAGUCCCAAAGAGAAAUGUGAGGUUAGUAUUGAAGAUGAGGUUGAAAGUGGUUCCAAGGUGGUACUAGUGAAGUUAGUGAUAUAAAACACAACAAACCUCGUAGAAUGACUGAAAAUUCCGUUGUCAGGUAUCACCUCUCAUUUCAAAGCCAACUAUGGUGAGGAAUCAACAUACAACAACUGAAAAAAAGGAUAUUAUAAUACUUACAAAGUAAACCAAAGGAGUAAGUAAUUGUGAAUUUGUUUUUGCAUUCUACAAUGGUUGAUCUAUUUAUUAAUAGGGCUAAUACCACUGGGAAAUCCGAAUUAUCAAGAAAGUGUCACUUGUGUUCAGAACUAUUCAAUAUGACACUAUGUCCUGAACUAUUUUUCCGUUAGUGUUGAUCAAGUUUGACCGUCAAUAUUUAAUAGAAAAUUCAGUCAGUGUCGACGUGACAUCUAAUACGAAAUUUUAAAUAUUGAUUUUUAUUUAUAUUUUAAUCUUAUAUUAUUAAAAUUAUUAACAUAAAAAAUAAAAAGUUAAAAAAUCCCUAAAUCAUCUUAAUCGCUUCGUUGAUUCUUCUCCUAAGUCAACAUCAAGUUUACCACUGUCUGGUCAACCCUUAUCUAUAACGGAAACAAAAUCGUCAAGACAUAAAUGACACACAACUAUUAUACAUUGGGACAUAAAAGGAAUAUUGAAUAGUUUGGGAUACAAAUGACACUUUCUUGAUAGUUUGGGUUUUCCAGUGGUAUUAGCCCUUAUUAAUAUUUGAGAUAUUUUACUAAAUGUUACUUUUUCGUUUGUUUUUUAGGAUGUAAUCGGAGUUAAUCAUCAAAACUCAUGAAAUUAACAACUUGGAUGUACUCAAUUUCAAAUCAUGGGUUAAACCUCGUAGUUGGGCAUCUAACAGAGUGAGUUACAUCAUUCUUGAUAUCUCACGGUGAUAAUAAGAGUUGUAGGUUUAGAGUAAAUAUACUUGUUAACGAAUGUAUAAAUGUGAUUGUUGUAGAUAAUUCAUGUCGUUGGUUGGCUUAUAGUCCAUGAUUGGAAUGGGACAAAUCUUGCUCCACGACACAUGAUAGAUCCAGAUUUUGGAGUAAGUCAUCUACUUCAACUUUUACAUUAUUUGCUAUUUGGGAUGAUGAGUUUGUUCAUUGUCCUUUUACAUAUGUGUGGUGUUUUAGUGCUUGAUGUUGAAAUAUAAUUAUGAGGAUGAUUUUGAUGGAGCUACAUGGGUACAUGAACACACCAUUGAUAAGAUGUGAAAUGAUUGACAUUUGUGAUGAUGAGUUUGUUCAUUGUCCUUUUACGUAUGUGUGGUGUUUUCGUGCUUGAUGUUGAAAUAUAAUUAUGAGGAUGAUUUUGAUGGAGCUACAUGGGUACAUGAACAACACCAUUGAUAAGAUGUGAAAUGAUUGACACUAUGGAUAUAAGUUGUAGUCAUGUAAGUAGUAGUGUGGCAAUUAGAUUGUCAAUUUUAUAUGACCAAUGGUUUGUGAUUGUUAUUGAUAUAAGUUGUUGGAAUGUUGUUUUCGCUCCCUUACUCUUUUUCUUACUUCUCAUGAGCUGGGAAUUAUCCUACUCUGUGGUUGUCCUCGUGUUUGCGCAAUAACUGGUUCUUGCAAAACUACAAGAGCUCCUGAGUUGUCCAAACAUUGAUCAUCACUAAAACAAAUUGGCUUCUGUUGAUGAUAGUUCAUCAUCCUCCCACUCGGCAAAAAACUUAUCAGUUUCAU